AUGCUUUUAAAAUUUAAAGGUUUUAGCAAGUUCGGAUCGAGCGAUGCAUUAAGCGUUUUUAAUGGUAAAAGCAUGCGGUAUUGGUUUAUUGUUUGGGGUACCGGCUGGUAUUGUAAAGGAAUAAGGGUUAAAAAGGUUUUUCGGGGAAUUGGGGUUGAAAAGGCUGUUUGGGGGAUUGGGGUUUAG